AUGCACUUCUCCAAGAUCAUACAGACAGCUGUCCUUCUGGCAGUGUCCGUUCCAGCCCAGGCUUGGAACAGACUCGACAAGAACAAUGCGGCUCUUCUGGUCAUCGACCACCAAGUUGGACUUUCGCAGCUCGUGCGCGACUUUGGCACCAAUGACUUCCGCAAUAACAUGCUUGCGCACGCCGCCAUAGGCAAUGUCUUUGAUCUGCCUACUAUCUUGACUUCGUCGUCAGACCAAGGCCCCAACGGCCUCCUGCUCAAGGAGAUCAUGGAGAUGCACCCCAAUGCCACCUUUGUUCGCCGCCAGGGUGAGGUCAACGCAUGGGACAAUGCCGACUUCCGUAAAGCCGUCAAGGCAACUGGAAAGAAGCAGUUGAUCAUUGGUGGCAUUGUGACUGAAGUUUGCACCGCCUUCUUGGCUCUGUCUCUGAUCGAUGAGGGAUACGAGGUUUUCGCCAACACCGAUGCCAGCGGAACUUUCGAUGUUAAGCUCGCAGAGGACGCUAACCGCCGUAUGGAGCGCGCCGGCGUUACCUUGAUGGGGCUUUUCGCGAUUGCCUGUGACCUCAUGCGGGACUGGCGAAGCACCCCUGGACUUAACGAACUCCUUCCCUUCCUGGACAAGUACCAAUUUGCUUACGGAUUGGUUGCUCGCCACCACGCCGGUGCUAUUGAGAACGGUACUCUGUCCGCGAUUGAGACCACAUUGAUAUAA